AAAGUGUCAAAGGUCAGUGAGAACAACUUGACAAACUUCCUUUUCAUUUCCGCGUUCGGGUCCCAGAUGAUAAUCCCCCAAAAUUUCACCCUGUUUUUGUUCAGUCCUCCCACGUUUGGAUAGUUCUUUCGUAGACGGGAACACCGCACACCAGAUCUGUGUGGAUAUUUAUCAGACAGUGCAGCCUCGGUGAAUCGCAUUCCUGCCAUCAGCAUGGGAUGCAUCAACAGCAAAGAGGAGGGCAGCAGCUAUCGGGCGGAUUACAAGGCCGACAACACUCACAGCGGUCCUGGCCUGACAAUAGGGGGGCCCUCGCCUGGCAUGACCACCGGUGGAGUCUCCGAUCGGGCACCCAAGAACGAUAUGUUCAUCCCUACUCCCAACAAGCCCGAGCCGAGCAGACCAGUACUGAAAUAUGUUGCGCUGUAUGAUUAUGAAGCACGGACAGAGGAUGAUCUGAGCUUCUUGAAAGGAGAGACGCUAGACAUAACGAAUAACCAUGACGGUGAUUGGUGGCUGGCAAGGUCAACAAAGAACGGUCGAGAAGGAUAUGUCCCCAGCAACUACAUUGCGCCUGUCAAGAGUAUCAACGCUGAAGAGUGGUACUUUGGUCGAAUCGGUCGCAAGGAAGCCGAGAAGAAACUCCUCCAUCCUGGUAUCGAGCGAGGAAUGUUCAUCGUCAGGGAUGGCGAGGCCACCCCAGGGACAUUCUCACUUUCUGUCCGCGACUACGACCCGGUGAAGGGCGACCACGUCAAGCACUACAAGAUCCGCAAGCUGGACAACGAGGCAGGAUUCUACAUUGCCAUGCGCAGCCCAUUCCCAGUGCUCGCAGAGCUUGUCAAACAUUACCAACAGGUGGCUGAUGGACUCUGUAUCAAGCUCACCUUCCCCUGCCCCAAGGAGAACCCCAACACGGUGGGCCUGGGCAAGGACGCCUGGGAAAUCCCCCGCGAGUCCCUGACGCUGGAGAACAGGCUCGGGGCCGGCCAGUUUGGAGAAGUUUGGAAAGGGACUUGGAAUGGAAAGACCCCAGUGGCCAUCAAGACCCUGAAGAAGGGAACCAUGACUCCCACGGCCUUCCUGGCCGAAGCCAACAUCAUGAAGAAGCUGCGUCAUCCCAAACUCUGUCAACUCUACGCCGUUUGUUCGGACAAGGAACCCAUCUACAUCGUCGCCGAGCUCAUGUGCAAUGGCAGUCUCCUGGAUUACCUGAAAGACGGGGAGGGACGUAAGCUGAAGCUGCCAGAGCUUGUCGACAUGGGCUCUCAGAUUGCGUCUGGAAUGGCUUACCUGGAAUCCAUGAACUACGUCCAUCGGGAUCUGGCUGCUCGGAAUGUGCUGGUGGGGGAGAAUAAUGUUGUCAAGGUGGCUGAUUUCGGGCUGGCCAGGAUGAUCGAAGACACAGAGUAUACUGCAAGACAAGGCGCAAAGUUCCCGAUCAAGUGGACAGCUCCGGAGGCUGCCAUGUACGGCCGCUUUACCAUCAAAUCCGACGUCUGGUCAUUCGGCAUUCUUCUGACAGAGUUGGUCACACACGGGCGUAUACCCUAUCCAGGCAUGAUGAACAUGGAGGUCUUGGACCAAGUGGAGCAUGGGUACCGCAUGCCCAAGAUGUCCGGCUGCCCGGACAGCUUGUACGAGCUCAUGCUCAAGUGUUGGGACAAGGACCCCGCGGCCAGGCACACCUUCGAGUUCCUGCAUUCCUACUUGGACGACUACUUUGUCUCCACCGAGCCCAACUACAAAGAGGCUGAAUAGAGACAUUGGUAAGAAACCAGAUAAAAUUGUGUGUGAUGCCCGAGAUAGAUGUUGUCCAUUUGUCAGGAACUGCAUUUUGACAAUUAUGCACAGUUUCAUCUGAACUUUUGUAAAGCACCCAUCAAUCCAAGAGUUAUCCACCAAAAAGGGUGUGAACUUGCCCGCGGUAACACCCCAUGUAUUUAUUUGAUCCAACAUGGAAUCAUUUGUACACUUUUUCAUGGAAGGGCUUGUUACUUAAUUUGUCCACAUAAGGAAUCUCACUUUUGGCGCCUUCAACACCUUUCUGAAUAGUGGAUUGCUUUAUAUCCACAGAAGCUGUGGAUCACUCCACAUCAACCUCAUACCUGUGUGUGGAUUUGUUCAUGUGCACAGCCAAUGGGAUUGCUGAUGUAAAUAUGCCUACUGAAUAUCCACCGUUACGAGUGGACUGUUCCACAUCCCCACUUAAGAGAGGCCAAGGACUGAGUGAGUUCCACGUCCUCAGUAAUCUUUGAAGAUGUGGAACAUCACUCCGUUGUAUAGCUAUGCGAAGUAAAACUUAGCAGGGUGUCUGCUGUGUAUUGUCCACGGAGAUACAAGGUGUGGAUCGGUCCAUUCUGCUGUCCCAGCCGUUGUGCUGAACACAUCCACAGUGCGUGGGAUCCCCUAUGUGGACCACCGACCCACAUCCACACUUUGGCCCUGGGUUGUUGACAGCCCCAACAGCAUCCGUGCAUGAGACUCCGUUGAUCUACUCAGUACUUGAGUCUCAUGUCCGGUAGGCAGCGUUCAGGGUAUGAUAAGGGGUUGGCCUAUUGCUGCUGCCGCACGUUACAUUUACACAGGGCAACUGCUGUGAACCAAGUUGCACCCACCCUCUGUGUGGAUCCCCGUACUUCCAAGUGGAUUUAAUGAGUAAUGUUGAUGAAGAUUUCUAUGUACAUAAUUUGCCAGAAACAGUUAGUACUGUGGGUAGUAGCCGUCUGAUUCAGCUGUGAUUUACGUUGAAAUAACUCUGAUUACUUUGCUAAAUUUGUAUCAAGUUAAUGACGUCAUUACUUUCCUCCAUGUGCCUCUGCCCCCUGCAGAAGCAAGUCAGUCUUGCCUGGAAAAAAAAAAUUUGCUUAUUAAAAUAUACAAGCGUCUUUAUGUUUAAGAAAGAGACCAGAAUUUGUAAAAAUGGACUGAUUCGUGAAGCCCCGCCCCCUUUUUUUCUGACCAGUCACAGUUGUGAUUUAUGUCCGACGUGCGUGUACAAAAGUCUGACAUGCGUGCAUGCAUGCGCCUAUGAUGCGCGAGGCUGAAACACAUAGUGUGGUAACGGGAAAGAAUGCGUGCUGAGUACCCAAGUGCACAGUGGGCGAGGCUUACUGGAUCGGUCUGUUUGCCUGCUUGCUGUAGGGAUGACUUCCGAAUGGAUGUACAUGUAUUAGUCUCAACUAAAAUGCUACAGUAGUCUAUCCCGCAAAGUUUGCAUAAUCCACAGCUUUUUUAAAAAGUUACCGAAUCUACCAGUUGGCCCUAUUGACCAAAAAUAUGCACCAUAUUUUUUACUCAUUUCGCUUUUAGAUAAUAAUAGUGGAAAGGUAUGAUAUGCAAUUUUACUAGCUGCAGAAGGUACAUGUACUGGUAACAGAUGCUACAUUUUGUAAAAUGGCCAAAUUUUUGUUUUAUUUUGGCUGGAGCGUCUGGAGUAUUUUUCUACUUACAAUAUUUUUAUAUCUGCUGCUCAAGCAAAAGAAUGGGUUGCAUUUGUACAUUUCUAAAUAACUGAGAUUUUCUGAGUAUUUGCUAGAUUAUGUAUUUUGAUAUUUGGAGAGUUGUGUGAAUUUUUGGCGAACUGAAGCCUCAGAGUAGAGAUAAAUAAAUGUGAAUUUCAAAACUCUAUUUGGCAUAGUACUACAGAUCAAAAGGUACUUUGCGUAGUUGAUCAAUUUGAUGUUAAUCUGUUAUUUGUACUACUGAUAGUUGAUACAUAUCUUUACAAAUAAAUUCCUUCAUGUCCUGUUUGUAAGGGCCGCAUUUACACUAUGUAACUACAGAGGCUAUUUUUUAUUACAUAAGUAACCAAGAUACACAUCUCAUUUUGAAUUUUUGAGUAGAAGUGUAACGGUUCCUAGGCCGGCAAACUUCCCUGCGGAUGUAUAUUCAGAGUGGCCGAAACGGAGUUCAACUGUUUGCCAGUUGAUUUAAGUGCCUUAACAUUUCAAUAUUGGAGGGGGGGGCAGAAAGUUUGAACUCUGUUGGAUUGAGUUUGAAACUAUCCAUUCAGAUGGGGAAUUUGUGUGGGUGAUACAUGUAUGACGAAAUUGUUGAUUUUGUACAGAAAGCAAUUUGGCAAGCAGAGAUGGUACAAUUGAAAAGUACUGAAGCGAAACAUUCCAUUUUGGGAUUCCUUCUGUCGUGGAUGUGGGGCAUGUUAAUUGCCCCUGUUUGAAGUCCAGUUAAACCGGAAAUGAGGAUCGUCGACAAAGAAUGGCGCUAUGAAUUCUUAAAACGACUAGUAAUUCCAACUCUCCUUCCAUUUUACUGUCUCUGGAAGAGAACUUACUUGGAUAUGUAAUGAUAAAAUAUAUAGAUCGAGUGCGCUGACUCGAGAAUCCUUAAACGGCAACAAUUUCCAAAGGCGUGACCCUGUUGGAAUCUGAAUGUUUCAAGAAAUGAAAGAUAGAAAAAUGCAGGGCAGGGUGAAUGUAGCACAGAUUUGAAGUUGGUCGCUAGACUGUUAUUUUCCUUUUCGGCGAAGUAUUGCUUCAUGUAUACACAACCUUAAUUUAAGUACACGUGCCUUUUUAAAGCAUUCUAUUCAGUUAUCAUCAUGUACUCAGCAUUGUGACUAUUUUUGUAUGUGCUUGUUUACGGAUGCGACGGACUUAUAUAUACAAUAAACAAGAUCUUCUGGUAACGGGCUUCUUAA